AUGGUACGCAUUACGAAUACACUGUAUCAUGAAGCCUAUGAAUAUAUAAAACAAGACUCUGUUGAAGGCAACUGUAUUAUCUUUGUUGCACCUGAUGUGGAUGCUAUUUGUGCAGUUCGAUUAUUUCAGGCUGUUCUUAAAAGUGAUAUUAUUCCUCACAAGAUUGUACCUGUCUCUGGUCAUCAAGAUCUUGUGGAUGCCAAUAUCAAGCUUAUUCAAAAAGAUCAAGAGUUACGGUCGAUUGUGAUGAUCAACUGUGGUGGUAUGGAGAGUAUAUCCAGUCUAUUUACAACACCUGAAGGCACCAAGAUAUACAUCAUUGACAGUCAUCGUCCUCUCUUGCUGGAAAACUUGAGUUCAGACAAUGAUCAUAUUUGUGUAUUUGAUGAUGAAGGAGAGAACCAUCGAGUGAAUGAUGUGUUAUCUGCUUAUGAAGAAUUGACUAAUACAGAAGAUGAUGAUGAAGAAGAUAGUGAGGACUCUGAUAGUGAUAGACCUAGACAAAGAAGAAAACUAGACACAUUGGAUCAAGGCAUGAGUAUACAUGCAUUAAGGAACAAGAAAAGACAACAAAACAAACUGAUUCAGGAUUAUUAUGAAGCAGGCGUUUAUCAUGCGAAUUCAGUCUCUGGUGUCAUGUAUGAAUUAGCCCAUCAAUUAGGCAAAUCUACCAAUGAAUUAUUAUGGCUGGGUAUUGUGGGUGUCACUGCACAGUACCUGUUUGAAAAGAUAGAUACAGUACGCUAUGCAGAGAAACUAGAGCUAUUUAAAGAUGAUAGAGCAAGACUGAAUAUCGAUAGAACAGAAGAUGGCAAUAUGCAACAGUUGACCAACAUUGUUAUUCGAGCAGAAGAUGAGUAUCGAUUCAUGUUAUUUCGACAUUGGAGUCUGUAUGAAAGUAUGUAUCAUUCAGGCUAUGUAUCCAGUAAAUUGGGUAUAUGGAAAGAUGCAGGCAAGAAGCGACUGAAUAACAUGUUUGCGAAGAUGGGCUUUUCUUUACAGCAAUGUCAGCAGAUAUAUACCCACAUGGACAUGGAUUUAAAGCAAACACUAAAGAACAAGAUUGAAGUAGUAGCCCCUCUUUAUGGCUUAACAGAUAUCUGUUUCCCUAGUUUUACAAGGGGAUAUGGGUAUGCCUGUUGUCUAUCUGCCAGUGAUGUGGUCUAUGCACUCUCUACACUGAUUGAAACGAGUCCUGAAGCAGCCACUCGAUUGGGAUUUAGUACAAAAGAAAAAGAAGAAGAAGAAGAAAGUGACAUGAAGGAACAGACUACUACGGUGGAUGGCUUAGGAUGUCAAAGACGUCAAUGGUGGAUGCACAAUUUCUAUGCUGCUUAUGAUGCCUUGGGUAGUCCAUCUCCUGAGCCUUUGAUGCGUGGAUUGAGAUUAUGUAUGAAGACACAAAAAGCCAUUGUACGCCAAGGAACAGAUAUUAUCGAUAAACGUAUGGUCAAACUGUUACGUACAUUUCGAUUUGUAAAUAUUCGACAUGGACAAGACUUGUCUUUAUUUCAACAUCCUUCUACCUUGACAAAAUUGGGGUUAUUCUUGACAGAUGCUUAUCGAGAACAUGGGAGACGUAAUUUGCCUUUAGUGUUGACUUCACUGGAUGAAGAAAACAAUAGUUGUCUAGUGGUGGCAUUAUCAGGAGCACCUACUUUUGGUGAAGUGCGUAAAAAUCCAUUUUAUUUAGCAUUCAGUGAUGCAGCGGAGAAAACCAAAGCUCGCAUUUCAUUUGAUUCCUUUGACCAUACAGUUGUACAGAUACAUGAUGCAGAUAUUGAACAUUUUAUUGAAUCUUUGUCUUAUUAUAAUAAAUGA